GCCUGCCCCGCCGCCGGUCUCCGCUCUCCGCCAGCUGAAACGCCCACUUAACUGCCUUGCGCGGAAGCGCCCCGUCUCUGUGGUGGAAGCUGGUGUCAGUCACGCUGCGGCUCGCUUCCAGUCUGGGCGGUUGGGAGCGCAGUGUUACCCGCAGUUCGGAGGGAGAGAUUUAAAAAAAAAAAUACUGCCCUCGGUGAGAGACGGGGCGACUUGUACUUAGGCGUACGUGCAGUACCUUGCGGUUUGAAACAACAGCAGUAAUGCUUUUACGCGUACGGAGGGCAACAGGUGAAUUAAUUUACCCUGUCUGCACAGGUGCAUUUUUAUAAAUUGUCUCAUUAUUAACAAGUACGUCUAGCCUUAUUUUAACCUCACGUGUCUUUGAUGGACGCUAAGCCGUUAUCUAGAGAUAAACGGAGGCAGCGUUUUAAAAUGACUAAAUAUUUGGCACCUCUCUUAAUAUUCACCCGGACUACCUUGUCUGCUUAUACCUGCAGAGGUUGUACAUCACCUUGCUGUCAGUUUUAUUGACACGGCUUAAUAACUGAAUGUUGCUCGUUUCUUUCUGGAACAAAGUUGUUUUACUGCCCCGACAAUACUAAAACUUUUAGGACAUUUCUAUGUCGGUUAGCUGGGAAGAAAACGGUAAUGCAAACAAGUGCGGCACAAACUGCUGACCGUAAAUCUUUUGUAAAUAUAUAUAUAUAUUUCUCCUUGUAACAGUCAGUACUCAGACUAGAGUACUGCAUCUGGCGUUGAGGUAUAUAUAAGCACAUCGUUUAGGUUUUUCUGAAGUGAAGUUGUCGCUGCUCGUUUCGGACGUAAUCUCGAGUCGGAGGGUUAUGAGAGGUGGAGAUUGUCCAGUUCGCUAACGGACACUGUUAUUUCGGCCGCAAGACGUCAAAAAUGGAUUCAGUCAAGGAGAGAAUGGAAAAUUUGAUGUUUUAUCUGUCGCAAAGUCAACACCAAGGAUGGAUCAGGGUGUCUGAUAUGCAAGGCCCCCCCACACACUGGAUAUCUUGUGGCCAUCCUUUCAGUGAGCGAACGGUAUGGAGUCCCAAGUUCUGCAUUGUUACUGACUGUCAGCUGCUUUUACUGGACAAAGAAGAGAUUCAUCCCCUGCUGCUGCAGGAGAGACGCACCGAGUCCUGCAAAGCAAGGCUACUGCGGCGGACAAUCAGCGUGCCAGCGGACAGCCAGUUCCCACAGUACCAGGAAGAUCUCACUGAGGAGCAUGAGUCUCCGCCGGAGAGACCUGGCCGAAGACGGAGCAUGCCAGGCAGCGCUUCGGACAAAACCCCAGCCAUGGAGCCCACAGCUGCCACGCCCUUCCGCGUCACGGGGUUUCUGAGCCGACGGCUAAAGGGAUCCAUCAAAAGGACAAAGAGUCAGCCCAAGCUCGACAGAAACAGCAGCUUCAGGCACAUCUUACCUGGCAUCAGAAGUGUGGACAAUGAAAGAUCACAUCUAAUGCCGAGGCUGAAAGAAUCACGGUCCCACGAGUCUUUGCUCAGCCCCAGCAGUGCAGUAGAAGCUCUGGAUCUCAGUAUGGAGGAGGAGGUUGUAAUUAAGCCUGUGCACAGCAGCAUUCUGGGGCAGGACUAUUGCUUUGAGGUAACAACAUCAGCUGGAAGCAAGUGUUUCUCCUGCCGAUCUUCAGCUGAGAGAGAUAAAUGGAUGGAAAACCUGAGAAGGGCUGUUCACCCGAACAAAGACAACAGCAGACGUGUGGAGAACAUGCUGAAACUAUGGAUUAUUGAAGCCAAGGACUUGCCUGCCAAGAAGAAAUACUUCUGUGAACUGUGCUUGGAUGACACUCUUUAUGCACGGACUACUUGCAAGCUCAAAACAGACAACGUGUUCUGGGGCGAGCACUUCGAGUUCAAUAACCUGCCCGCUGUCAAGAGCAUCACUGUGCACCUGUACAAGGAGACGGACAAAAAGAAAAAAAAAGACAAGAACAAUUACGUGGGGCUGGUGAACAUCCCCAUUGCAGCGGUCACUGGACGGCAGUUCAUGGAGAAGUGGUACCCGGUCAGCACCCCAAACCCCAACAAGGGCAAGACCUCUGGACCCAUGAUCCGAAUCAAGUCGCGCUACCAGAGCAUGAGUAUCCUGCCCAUGGAGCUCUACAAGGAGUUUGCAGAGUAUACAACCAACAACUACAUGGUUCUGUGCUCAGUGCUGGAGCCUGUGCUCAGUGUCAAAAACAAAGAAGAAAUGGCUUGUGCGCUGGUGCACAUCCUCCAGAGCACUGGGAAGGCCAAGGACUUCCUCACAGAUCUUAUGAUGUCAGAAGUAGACCGCUGUGGUGAGAAUGAACACCUCAUAUUCCGAGAGAACACCCUUGCCACCAAAGCAAUUGAAGAGUAUCUCAAGCUAGUGGGGCAAAAAUAUCUCCAGGAUGCACUAGGUGAAUUCAUCAAGGCCCUAUACGAGUCAGAUGAGAACUGUGAGGUGGACCCCAGUAAAAGCUCAGCUGGAGAUCUCCCAGAGCAUCAGAGUAACCUGAAAAUGUGCUGUGAACUGGCCUUCUGCAAGAUUAUCAACUCCUAUUGCGUGUUUCCUCGUGAGCUGAAGGAAGUGUUUGCUUCAUGGCGCCAGGAAUGCAGUAACCGGGGGCGACCUGAUAUCAGUGAGAGGCUCAUCAGCGCUUCAUUAUUCCUGCGGUUCCUGUGCCCUGCCAUCAUGUCGCCCUCCCUCUUCAACUUGCUCCAGGAGUACCCCGACGACCGCACGGCCCGCACUUUGACCCUCAUCGCAAAGGUCACCCAGAAUCUGGCCAACUUUGCCAAGUUUGGCAGCAAGGAAGAGUACAUGUCCUUUAUGAACCAGUUCCUGGAGCACGAGUGGACCAACAUGCAGAGAUUCCUGCUGGAGAUCUCUAACCCUGAGACCAUCUCCAACACGGCUGGCUUUGAGGGCUACAUCGACCUGGGGAGAGAGCUCUCCACACUGCACUCCCUGCUGUCAGAGGUCGUCUCGCAGCUUGAGCAGGGUACUGCUUCCAAGCUGGGACCUUUGCCACGUGUCCUGAGAGAUGUGAACACAGCACUUACUAACCCGUCGAGCGUGCAGGUCUCUGUCACCUCUGAGCGUGUGGCCUCUCCUCCCAGCGCUGGCUGUAGCAUCUCCACAGGCCUGCAGAAGAUGGUCAUUGAGAAUGAUCUAUCAGGCCUGGUUGAUUUCACACGGCUUCCAUCACCCACCCCCGAGAACAAGGAUCUCUUUUUCGUCACCAGAAACUCGGGCGUGCAGCCCUCCCCAGCUCGGAGCUCCAGCUACUCCGAAGCAAACGAGCCCGAACUGCAAAUGCCCAACGGCAGCAAGAGCCUGUCCAUGGUGGACCUGCAAGACAAUCGCAGCUUGGAGAGUGGGCCCAACACCGCGGGCGUUGGAGACUCCCUGAAUGACAGUCAGUCGUCUAUCGGACAGCUGACAGGCGGGGUGUGGUCUGCACGGACGCCGCAAGGAAACGCCAACAUCGGGCCGACGAUGAGGAGGGCUGGCCAGACCCCCACGACACCCAAUUCCGAAAACCUGCCGGGGCGACCGCAGCUGCUGGCCCCGUUAUCGUUCCAGAACCCCGUGUACCAGAUGGCGGCAGGCCUGCCCGUUUCCCCCCGCGGGGUUGGCGACUCGGGCUCCGAGUGUCACAGCUCCAUCAGUUCCCAGAGCAACAACGAGGACGGCGUGGCCAACAAGGUGGGCUUCUUGAACCAGGCCAACAGCGAGGACUUUGCGCGGCGCUCGGGGGAGUUCACAAGGAGGCAGCUCUCCUUGACGGAGAGUCAGCACCAACCCACCGUUCCCCGGCAGAACAGCGCUGGCCCCCAGCGCCGGAUAGACCAACCGCCCCCUCCAGUCACCAGGGGGCGCACCCCUCCCAACCUCUUAAACACGGCACCCUACCCCAGGCCCUCCAGCGGCAGUAUGAUGUCAUCCUCUCCUGACUGGCCCGGCAGUGGUGCGAGAUUAAGGCAGCAGUCAUCUUCCUCCAAAGGAGACAGUCCAGAGACAAAGCAGCGCGCCAUGCACAAGCAGGCCCCCUCCCCUGUGAACCCCAAUGCGUUGGACCGCACUGCAGCCUGGCUUUUGAAUAUGAAUGUGCAGUAUAUAGAACACGAAGGAAUUGACCCAGAUUCCAAACACAGGGAGGAGCUCAGAAACAAAGAGGAACUCACUCAGACUGAAAAGUACCAGCAGGAGAUUGCCAUCCUGCAGGACAAGCUGCGGCUCUCGGCCAAGAAGCUGGAGGACUACGAGUCCCGCCUGAAGGGGCAGGAGGACCAGGCGCAGAAGAUGCUGCUGGAGUACCAGGCUCGCCUGGAGGAAAGCGAGGAGCGGUUGCGGCGACAGCAGGAGGACAAGGAGCUGCAGAUGAAGGGCAUCAUCAGCAGGCUUAUGUCUGUGGAGGAGGAGUUGAAGAAAGACCACUCUGAAAUGCAGGCCGUAGUGGAUUCGAAACAGAAGAUCAUUGAUGCCCAGGAAAAGCGUAUUGCCUCCCUGGAUGCAGCCAACGCAAGGUUAAUGAGCGCACUUACACAGCUGAAGGAACGCUACAGCAUGCAGACCCGCAACGGAAUCUCGCCCACCAACCCGACCAAGCUGCAGAUCACUGAAAACGGGGAGUUUCGGAACAGCAGCAACUGCUAAUGAAGGCAGACCGAGCGAGCUGCUAAUCUACCAAUCGUGCAGGGUGGAAGAGGGUUGGGGGGGGCGGGAGAACGGGAAUUCCCCGGACAUCGCAGGAAACAAUAACAAAAAAAAGAUCCAAUUCCAUUCCAAGACCAACCUUGAACAACACAACAUUACAUGCACAAACACAUACAUGGAGAUAUGUAUCUGGCGCCGUAAGGAGCAGAGCAAAAUGUUGUGGUCGUAAUCUGAAAACAUUCUGAAGUUCCAUUAUUUUCAAUGGAAGUGCUCAUUUUAAUACUGCAGCCAAGGACUAACUGUAGUUAGCUGUAGCUCAGUCCUACUGCUUCUAAAUGAGGAGCAAAACACUAACACAAUACAUGGCAAAACCCUGUGGACAAAAAGAUGAUCCUGCUCAAUCCCAAUUUCGAGUUUUGUACUUGGACCUGCGUACAAUGAAAUGCUUACUUGCGUGUUUUUUUCUCACAUGAAAAAUGACAAACAGAUGACAUAAAAGUUGACAAAUGACAUCAGCUGUAGAUAAACCUAUUCCUGUGUAUGAGAUUUUUCUCCUUAAGGAAGUCCGGCUUGCUGCAUUAUGUUGAUACCUUAUAAGGCUUGUGAAUAAUCAUUGCAUAACUGAUGUUUACCAGUGAAAGUACAGCCUUUACAGUCUUUAUUUCUUUCCCCCCUACAAAUCAGGAGUAGGGUUGUGCAAGUCUCAUUAAAAAAUAACAGCCUGUAAAAAGCCAUUUCUUUUUUUUGAGCCACAGUUUCUGGUGAUGAAGCGUUGUGAUCUUGGCAGCUGAGGGGUGAGGAGUGGGAAUGAAAAGACUAUAAAAGUUUGCAGGAUUUUCAAACUUCAGAAUCGCGAGGCGAAUGUCUGAAAGGAAAAGCUGCUAGUUGUUUCAUUUUAAGGCUGCCAAGCCUAUGGCAUUUUCAGUUGACUGAAAAAUAAAAACGUCACUAUGUUAAGGCUAGGCUUGUCACUCUUGUAUUUCACGCCAUUAACCUGAUCAAAAUAAGACUUCAGUCCAUCUCAUUUAGAAAAAGAAAAAAAAGACAGGCUCCUUUUUGCUUUUUGACCAAAUGUGAUGCUUUCAGAGUUUAAAGACUGACACAUUAUCCUCAUUAAGGACAUUUUGCUCAGAGCAUGUCAUUUCAAAGGCUUUGCAUGCAUGAUAAUAUCCUUUAUGACAUUAUAUCCACUGUGAGAUGUGUUUUGGUCAUUUUCUACCUGAGUGCAACCAUCUGACGUUACGAACACUGAUGUACUGUACAUCACAAGACUCACAACUGGCAGGGGAAACGAGAAAGGAAUGAUCAGCUGUCACUGAUGUGCCGAAGACAGACAGGGUCGGUUUCAAAUUAAUGUCUUUCAUUUAUAAGCUAGUUUGCUCAUUUGGUUUUUUUAAUCAAACUAAAACUCUGAGCAGCUUUCUGACAAGACAUCUGCUCUCACAGGUUAAUUUUUCCUGUGUAGCCAAAUAUUCAGCAACAAUGUUCACAAAGUGGGGAAACACAAACGACAGUACAAGCAUCCCUGUCUUCCUGUGCAGAGUUAUGAUUCUUUUCUCAUGCAACAGUAAUGAUUGCUUUAAUUAUAUUGUUCCUUUUAAGAAAAAAAACAUCUACUCUAUUAUAACACAUUUUCAAAGCUUUUUGCUCCAGGUCACAAUUUGCUCCCAAAUUACUGAAUAUAUUUAAGAGCUUAAAGAUUAGCAUUUUGCAAGAAAUAUCAUAGGAGUAUUUAAUAAAGCAUUUGGUUGUAAUUUAGAUUAAAUCAUUGCCUUGGAUUUUUGGAUGCUAUCUGAGAAAGCAGAGGACAUUUUACAUUGAGGCAGAAAUGCAUAACAUUUCUACAUUGUAUGAAGAAAUGGAUCUCUACAUUUACAAAUUAACUGAAAUCGGCACAUAGACUAUUUGCACUUAUUUAAAAAACAGAUCCUUUCCACAACCUCUCAAUUCUGUGGUAUUAACACAUAGAUGUUAUUCUUUGGCAUAAAACAUGUUUUCUACUGAAUGUUAAGAUGCUAGUCAAAAAAGUAAAAUAACUUUUUUGGCAUUUUACAGUAAUUUGACUUCAUCCCCAUUAUACCAACACCAAACAUUUCAGCGUUCUAUAUUUUGUAUAUUUUUGUAUUUUUUUCUUAUCUGUAAAAUAUUUUUUUUCUGCAUGUCUCAUACCCAGUGCUACAGUGUGUAGCGCGAUGGUUAUAGUUUAAUUUUAUUUGCCAGUGGUAAGGAAGAAGCAACUUCCACUAUAUAAUUUGCUGCAUACUUUGUAUGUGCUUAAAUAUAAGAAAAUGAGUGUAUUUAGAGGCAAGGUACCUCAGUAAUGUAAAUAAAAUGUUCACAAUAUUUUUACCUAAUGUGAUAAAAAGAACUUUCUUUUGUAAAUGUUCCCUGUGUUUAAUUCUACUGUACUGAUAUCACAGAUGUAUUGUAAAUAGUUCCAACAGUUAUUCCUGGUGCUGCUUCUUUAGACAGUUUCAGCUUCAUUUUAUUGUUGUUCUAGUCUCUUUUCAUAUACAGGUAUGCUUUUUUUAAAAGCAAAACACUGAUCUAAUAAGGGCGGAAAAUGUGAGCACCAUUCAUCUUUUAUGCUUUUCUUCAUGCUGUAGUCAAGGCGCCCUCUCAUCAGUUGAGUUACCAGGGCCUUAUUUUUUUAAAGAGAUGGAAGCACAAAAUUUCCCUGACAUUUUUUCACCUGCUGUUUCAAAAAGCAGAAAGCCACUAUGCAUUUUCAGCAUCUACACUUGAUGCCCUGGCAGUCUUGGGCUCUGCUUCUUAUUCUCCAGAACAGCAGGACGUUUCUGUGGUGCAGUUACUUUUUUUCCUUAGUGGAAAUUCUAUUUACCCAUCAACUUGAGACCCCAGUAGACGUCCCAUUCUGUAAGUGUAAUAAAACACUUAUUACCACAAGCAUAGGCUAAAAGGGCUGCUCAAGAUCAGUUUAUUUUCCACAACUCACGCAAUUCUUAGCAAUUUCUCAUAAAUGCAGAGAUCUGUUUUGGGUUCUGAUAUUAACUAGUGUCACCAUUAACACUAGUUAACACUAGUUAUAUUCUGUUAUUCAUUAACAGAAUAUAAAUCCCAGUAAUCAUUUGAAGAUUUCGGUGUUUUGCUUUGAAGAAAGCAUACUACAUCCUAGUGAUAAGUGACUCAGACCACUUCUAUAGGCAGAAAUCACUGUGUUAAAUUCUGUGGUUCUGUCCUCUUGCUGUCUGUACAAACGUUCUGGUCUUACAGAUGAAAAUAUUUGUAACUUACUAGACAAGCUUUCACCCAGAAGACUCAGGAGGGGGUAUAUCUAACUCUUAUUAAGACACAGUGUGAUUAGCAAGUAGGUUUAACCCACAUCAUCACGGACAGUGCUAUUGUGGUAAGCUUACUUUCCAAUCACCCUGAGUAUACAGUCUACUGUAGGUCCUGUUAAUGAUUUUGGAGACAGAGGGAAGAAUGAAAUGCGUAUAUAUUAAAUAAACACUGAAUACUUUAAAAUUAAUUUAUUAUUUGUGCAGGUGAUCUCAUGUAUCUUGUUUCCCUUAAUAAUAAUGUCACGUGCAAAUGAAUAAUCAAUAGAGUAUAACUGGAUUGCAUGUGCUAAUGUUGUACCAAAAAGUGACAUUUUACAGUACUGAACAAAAAUGCCCCUUUGUUCAAAUUUCUAAAAGUGGUCUUCAAGCAAGAGAUCUGCUCCUUCUUGUCUUUUUUAAUGGAACAUUUUUUAAAGUGUUUACUCUCUCUAACCCUUUUUAGAGUUACUGUAAAUUAAAUCCAUUGUAAUUUCUAUUUUGAUUCAGUGAUGUAAAUUUACAGUGUUCAUUACCCAAGGUGAAAGCUCAUAGAAAGUUUCCAUUCUGGUUAGGUGCCAUUAUAGGUGAAAAGGAAACCUCUCUAAUAAGUAAUGAGGAAAGAGACUGAACAUACACAUCACUGUGUAUGGAGAUAUACUCUCUCUCUGACUUCUGUUGUUGCAAAUAACUGGUUUCUAAAAAGCUGUUGUAUGUUUUAUAAUAUCUUCUAGAAACACUUUUGUAAGUAUGUUAAAAGUAAAGUAUUCGCUGGACCUGCUUCAGUUUACAACAAAAAAAUGUAAUAAUGUACAGAGAAAGUUGUUUGUGUUUAAAAAAUGUGGCUGUGCAAUUUAUGUACAUUUGCAACUAGAAUUAUUAAAGUUUUAUUUAGCUAUUUUAA